CGGCGGCGGCGGCGGCGGCGGCGGCGGCGGCCGGGCUGAGGUGCUCGGGCGGCAGCGGCGCGGCGGCCGCCUCCUUCGUGCGCCGCCGCCUCGGCGCCCGCCCGCCCGCCCGCCGGCCGGCCGGCCAUGGCAGGAGCCGGAGGCGGCGGCUGCCCCGCGGGCGGCAACGACUUGCAGUGGUGCUUCUCGCAGGUCAAGGGGGCCAUCGACGAGGACGUGGCCGAAGCUGACAUCAUCUCAACUGUUGAAUUUAAUUACUCUGGAGAUCUUCUUGCGACGGGAGACAAGGGCGGCAGAGUCGUUAUUUUUCAGCGGGAACAAGAGAAUAAAAGCCGCCCUCACUCUAGGGGAGAAUAUAAUGUUUACAGUACCUUUCAAAGUCAUGAACCAGAGUUUGACUAUUUGAAAAGUCUAGAAAUUGAGGAAAAAAUAAAUAAAAUUAGGUGGUUACCACAACAGAAUGCUGCUCAUUUUCUCCUCUCUACAAAUGAUAAAACUAUUAAAUUAUGGAAAAUAAGCGAGCGGGACAAAAGAGCAGAAGGUUAUAACUUGAAAGAUGAAGAUGGACGGCUUCGGGACCCGUUUCGAAUUACAGCACUGAGGGUUCCAAUAUUAAAGCCCAUGGAUCUUAUGGUGGAAGCAAGUCCACGACGAAUUUUUGCGAAUGCUCAUACAUACCAUAUAAAUUCCAUUUCAGUAAAUAGUGAUCAUGAAACGUAUCUUUCUGCAGAUGACCUGAGAAUUAAUCUAUGGCAUUUAGAGAUCACAGAUAGGAGCUUCAACAUUGUGGACAUCAAGCCUGUGAACAUGGAGGAGCUGACGGAGGUGAUCACUGCGGCCGAGUUCCACCCGCACCAGUGCAACGUGCUCGUCUAAAGCAGCAGCAAAGGGACCGUCAGACUGUGCGACAUGCGCUCCUCAGCGCUGUGUGACAGACACUCGAAGUUUUUUGAAGAACCUGAAGAUCCCAGCAGUAGGUCCUUCUUCUCGGAAAUCAUCUCCUCCAUCUCGGACGUGAAAUUCAGCCACAGCGGCCGGUACAUGAUGACCCGAGACUACCUAUCGGUGAAGGUGUGGGACCUCAACAUGGAGAGCCGGCCCGUGGAGACGCACCAGGUGCACGAGUACCUGCGCAGCAAGCUGUGCUCUCUGUACGAGAACGACUGCAUCUUCGACAAGUUCGAGUGCUGCUGGGGCGGCUCAGACAGCGCCAUCAUGACCGGUUCCUACAACAACUUCUUCAGGAUGUUCGAUCGAAAUACACGGAGGGACGUCACGUUGGAAGCUUCCAGGGAGAACAGCAAGCCCCGCGCCAGCCUCAAGCCUCGGAAAGUGUGUACAGGCGGGAAGAGAAAGAAAGAUGAGAUCAGUGUGGACAGUCUGGACUUCAACAAGAAGAUUCUGCACACGGCCUGGCACCCAGCGGAGAACGUCAUCGCCGUGGCCGCCACCAACAACCUGUACAUCUUCCAGGACAAGGUCAACUAGGGAGGCUGGCGCGGGGACUGGGCCCGGACGCUUCCCCAGGGGAGGGACGUCGUCGUCGUCUCCGCGAGGAGCAGUGCGCUCCCCGCUCCUCCCCCCUGCAGACCGGAGGGCGGCCCGAUCCCGCCCGGCGCACGGUGCACAGUGCUCAGUAGAGGCCGUUACUCACAAUAAAUGUCUUUAUUUAAGUCUGAGCCGGCCUUUCCAGUUCAUAGACCAGGAAGUUAACACCCAGGAGAAGAGAGUCUCCACGACCCCGCCUGCCCUCACGCUUGGGGCCGCUCCCCGCCGUGGUCCCCGGGGACUGGUUUCAGCGAGCGGGCUCGGUGGCUGUCCUCACCCGCGCACCUGUACCUACCGCCACCCCCUCUGGUGCGGCCACUGAAUAAAAGUGACACACUAUGACAAGUGUUUUUAAAUCUAAGACCAGUAUCGGCUUUUUAUUUACUUUAACUGCAUAGAAUGAAUUAUGCGGAAUUACACUUUGGAACAGUGUGACCAACUCUGGCAGGAUGGUGGCACGUGUGCAGUACCUCCACGUCUCAGCCUGCCUGUCCCCAAACUUGUGUGAUUUUCUUUUGUUUCUGUAGACAUCGGCCAGGCGACAAGGCAGGUAAGGCGGGGGGAGCGUCUCAGAAGGGACCCAGGGGCCGACGGGUGCUGCCGGGCCGGCAACGCGGGUGUCCAGUGAGCCUCCCAGCGCGCGGCAGGGACUGCGAGGAGCCCUCGGGGGGGUGGCCCCUUUGGAAAGUGCUGGAAUCACAUGCAUGCCGGUCUCCUAGUUGUUUCCAGCCAACAGAGUAGCCAUGUGACGCCGCCACCACCUUGGUGCUGGAUUUUAAAAGUAGGCUCUUUGGUGCCAGAAAUCAGGAUCUCCCAAGACGGACACUAGCGGUGUGAUCGGAAGUUGCCGGGAUCCACAUGGGGGCUCAGACCCCGGCCUCCUGCGGGGUGCACGGCGCAUGCGCUGCUCUUGGAACAAAGGCGUGUCCUGGUGACUAGCGACACGAUCCACGAGAGCAAGUGCCCUGUUACCGGGCGGUCUGUGUGCUACCCUGCGGCAGCGUAACGACUCCACUUUACUUCUCGUCCAGUUAGAAGCGGAGAAUUUCAUUCAGAGUAACUCCUACCUGUACGCGCGCCAGCGCCCAGGCUCCAGCUCUGAGACCCAGAGCAGAGUUCUCUCCACAUACCUGUGCCUCGCGGUCCUCUGCAAAAACAGCGGUUCUAACAGAAUUGUAUAUAUUUGUUCAACUAUUUUGACCAAAAAGUUUAAUAAAUUUUAAAUGUUUAAUUGGA